GCCGCCGCCGCGGGCGUGCUGGCUGGCGGGCGGCGGGCCCGCAGUGGCGCGGCGUCCCGGCUGCGCGACGGGCCGAGCGCUAUGGCCGCCUCUUUGGGCCCGGCCGGCGUCGGCGGCGCCGGCCCGUCGGGCUUCGCCUUCGACUCGGGACUCGAGAUCAAAACUCGCUCGGUGGAGCAGACGCUGCUCCCGCUGGUCUCUCAGAUCACCACGCUUAUCAAUCAUAAAGAUAAUACCAAAAAGUCUGAUAAAACUCUGCAAGCAAUUCAGCGUGUAGGACAAGCCGUCAACUUGGCAGUUGGAAGAUUUGUUAAAGUAGGGGAAGCUAUAGCCAAUGAAAACUGGGACUUGAAAGAAGAAAUAACUAUUGCCUGUAUUGAAGCUAAACAAGCAGGAGAAACAAUUGCAGCACUUACAGAUAUAAGCAGCUUGAAUCACCCAGAAUCUGAUGGCCAGAUCACAAUUUUUACGGAUAAAACAGGCGUUAUAAAGGCUGCAAGAUUACUUCUUUCUUCAGUGACAAAAGUGUUGUUGCUGGCAGACCGAGUAGUCAUUAAGCAGAUAAUAACAUCAAGAAAUAAGGUUCUUGCAACUAUGGAAAGACUGGAGAAAGUGAAUAGCUUUCAAGAGUUUGUCCAAAUAUUCAGUCAAUUUGGAAAUGAAAUGGUGGAGUUUGCACAUCUAACUGGUGAUAGACAAAAUGAUCUGAAAGAUGAGAAGAAAAAGGCAAAAAUGGCAGCAGCAAGGGCAGUUCUUGAAAAGUGUACAAUGAUGCUUCUCACAGCAUCAAAGACCUGUCUCAGGCAUCCCAACUGCGAAUCAGCGCAUAAAAACAAAGAAGGAGUAUUUGACCGAAUGAAAGUGGCAUUAGAUAAGGUGAUUGAAAUCGUGACUGACUGCAAACCAAGUGGAGAGACUGACAUGUCAUCUGUCAGUAUUUUUACUGGAAUUAAAGAAUUCAAGAUGAACAUUGAAGCUCUUCGGGAGAAUCUUUAUUUUCAGUCAAAAGAGAAUCUUUCUGCGACUUUGGAAGUCAUCUUGGAGCGCACAGAGGACUUUACUGAUUCUGCCUACACCAGCCAUGAGCACAGGGAGCGCAUCUUGGAACUGUCCACUCAGGCGAGGCUGGAACUGCGGCAGUUGAUUUCUGUGUGGAUUCAAAGUCAAAGCAAGAAAACAAAAAGUAUUGCUGAAGAGCUAGAACUCUCUGUAUUGAAAAUCAGCCACAGUCUCAAUGAACUUAAGAAAGAACUUCACAGUACAGCAACUCAGCUGGCAGCAGAUCUGUUAAAAUACCAUGCUGAUCAUGUGGUUCUAAAAGCAUUAAAACUUACUGGAGUAGAAGGAAAUUUAGAAGGUUUGGCUGAAUAUGCCUGUAAACUCUCUGAACAGAAAGAGCAGCUUGUUGAGGCCUGUCGAUUGUUGCGUCAUAUAUCUGGGACAGAACCUCUUGAAAUAACCUGUGUACAUGCAGAGGAGACAUUUCAGGUGACUGGCCAACAGAUAAUUUCUGCUGCUGAAACAUUGACAUUGCAUCCGUCUAGUAAAAUUGCUAAAGAAAACCUAGAUGUCUUUUGUGAAGCUUGGGAAUCCCAGAUUAGUGACAUAUCAACACUGCUACGAGAAAUCAAUGAUGUUUUCGAAGGAAGACGAGGAGAGAAGUAUGGCUACCUUUCACUUCCAAGGCCAAUGAAGAAUAAUGCAAACCUGAAAUCAUUAAAGGCAGACAAGCCUGACUCUGAGGAGCAAGCCAAGAUAGCAAAGCUUGGACUUAAGCUGGGUUUGCUUACCUCUGAUGCCAACUGUGAGAUCAAGAAAUGGGAGGAUCAGGAAAAUGAGAUUGUUCGAAAUGGGCGGAACAUGUCCAGUAUGGCCUAUUCUCUAUAUUUAUUUACUAGAGGAGAGGGGCCACUGAAAACUUCCCAGGAUUUAAUUCAUCAACUAGAGGUUUUUGCUGAAGAGGGCUUAAAGCUUGCUUCAAACGUGCAAGUUUUCUCAAAACAGCUGAAAGAUGAUGACAAGCUUAUGCUUCUCCUGGAAAUAAACAAACUAAGUCCUUUAUGCCACCAGCUCCAGACAAUAACUAAGACACCUUUGCAAAAUCAAGUGUUUCUAAAGGUUGAUAAGUGUAUUACGAAGACAAGAUCCAUGAUGGCUAUUUUGGUCCAACUUCUCUCGCUUUGCUAUAAACUGCUGAAGAAGCUUCAGAUGGAAAACAACAGAUGGGUCUCAGUUACCAAUAAAGACUCCAUGGAUGGUAAAACUUGAGAAGCUUUUGGGGGCAGAUCUCUGGAACUGCAUGUGGCAAAGCUGAUAUUUUAAAAAAGCAAAUGAUCCUUUAUAUUUUCAGAAAUUCAACAAUUUUAUAAAGAAAGCAGUAAUGAAAUCUUGCUUUAUUUUCUGAUCUUGAAAGUGAUUGUGAAACUUUUUGACAACUAAUAAAUGCCAUGGUAGUUUCUAGA